AUGUUAUUCUCUAUGAAGCUUCAUUGCUUCUAUAAGCAUCCACCAUCAUCACUUUUCGCAUCAGUUUCUAAACCGUUAUUAAACAAUCAUAAAUCCAUAUUCAAAGAGAGAAGCCUCAUCAAAAACCCUUCUUCAUUUUCUUUAAGUGGUAUAGUUCAUGCAUUGAACGAAGAUUCAAAGCAAUAUGAGAUAGAUCCAGAGAAGGCCAAAGAAGCCCUCAAAGAACUUGACCAGAAAAUCCAAUCUAUCUCUAAUAAACAAGUUUCCUCUCCAAAACUCAAGGUUUUGGAUAUGAAGCCUACAAGAGAGGAAAUGACAAGUGAGAAUGGUAAGCUAGAAAUUUCAGAGUCGUUUCUUGGACUUCUAGCUGGUGGACUUGUGCUACUUACUAUAUUGUACAAUGUACUAUUUAUUACCGUAAUUAAGCCAUCCAUUGAUGGUCCAUAG